AUGCUCGAGAAAGACGUGCUACUAGAAAUAAGUCAAGCAGAUCAAUUUAUUAAGAAUAUAACAGUUAAUACGAAAAUUAAAGGUACGAAAAUUGGAUAUUCUGAUAUUUGUGGACGUGUAGGCGAAAAGUGUUUUGAAAAUCCGAUUAUCGAAAUAUUGCCCGAAAUUGAUAAUAUAGUGCAGCGAAAAAAGAAAUUGAAGUAUCCGUUCGACAUAGAUCCGCUGACAUACUCUUCUCGAAUUUAUUCUCUCAACUUUGGGGAUGUAACCGAAGAUGAAAACGAUUUUAUUCAGACAGCAAAUGAUAUGAGAUUAGUUUAUUUCACUGACGAAAGCGACAAGAAAAAACACAAUGUGAUAGAAAAAUGGCGAACAGAAGUUUACAACCGCAUAAGAAAUCAUCAGUUUAAAUAUGUUCUGUGUUUCAUUGACUACAACUGGUCAAUGGAACAACGAAAUGUGCAAUUAGCGGAAAAUAUAAAACCAAUGAUCGGUGCAGUAGUUGCAUUUAUUUCUGUGUUUACUACUGUUACUUGUAUGAGCAACAAUUGGGCAAAAAGCAAGCCUUUUCUGGGUGUUGCAAGUGUCGUUUCUGCCGGUCUGGCUGUCGUCACCUCUUUCGGAUUCAUGUCGGCUGUUGGUGUUCAAAAUAGUAUUUGGAACAUCAACAUUCCUUUUUUAGUUCUCAUGACAGGGAUCGAUGAUGCCUUCGUAUUAUUGGCGUGUUGGAGAAUAUCAAACCCCAAGCAUAAAAUACAGAAACGCAUGGAAGAAACAUUGGGUUGCAUGGCAUUAUCAGGAUACAAAGAAGAAAAACAACAACAAGCAUUUCGUCUUGAUAUCCAUAUCGAAAAUGUUUCUACAGAAGAAACGUCAACUAAUGAGCCAACAAUGGCAUAUUUCAGAGACAAGUUUGGAAAAAUUCUAUCUAUGAAUGUAACGAAGAUAGCAUUUAUCAUCGUGUACUUUCUCAAUUUAUCAUUUGGAUUAUGGGGAGCGUUAACUAUAAAAGACGGUAUAGAUUUUACUAAGUUACAUCCACAAGAAUCGGUAAUAACACAGGGUGUUAAAAUAUAUUAUAAUAGUUUUGGCCGUUAUACGUUUCCUUACCAUAUAGUAAUUAAUAGAACACUUGAUUAUUCAGAUUUAAAUGUACAAAAAUCCGUAGACGAACUACUCAACAAAUUCGAAAGUCUUCCAUAUAUUGCACAUUCCAGAUUCAGAGUAUCUUGGUUAAAAUACUACAAAGAAUUCCAAAAUCAUUCGCUAGCAAAGUAUUCAUUACGAGGAUACAACAUGUCGGUUAAAGAAGAUUUCUUGGAUGGACUUCGCAAUGUUUUCCUGAAAUUUAAAUCAGCGGAACAAUUCUCUGACGAUAUCGCAUUCAACUCUGAUGGAUCCGAUAUUUUAAGUAGCAGAUUUCAUGUACUUGUAAAUGAUACGUUAAGUCAAGCAGCUGAAAUAGAAAUGUUAACAACUCUGUGGAAAAUUGCUGACGAAUUUAAUUUUCCUGUUCUUGUUCAUGCAGCAGUCGCACCUCUGUACGAACAAGGAAUUAUAAUUGGACGUACAAUUCAGGAUUUAUUUUGGAUCACUUCACUUUUGGUCAUGAUUCUUUUUAUAGUUUUCAUACCAAACACCGCCGUUGCAGUUCUCGUUGCAAUAUCGGUAACAUCCACAAUUGUAGAAACUUAA